GCGUGAACGAGACGCGAGGAGCAUGCGCAUCCAUGCGUGCAUAAAGGGGAUGAAAAGAGUAGGAGCAGGAGAGGAAUGAUGGUGCCAUCACCCCCAGCGCAAGCCCUCCCUUCAAUCCAACUCCACCUCCACAAAAAUCCUAUCCAUUCUCCACCAAACACAAACAGCCCACGAGAUUUCAUCAUCUCCUGCUAAAAAUUGCAUCUUCUGGCUAAAGAUUCCUUACUGGAGUUAAAAAUCCCCUUUUGCCGUCCGUUUGUCGACGCGCCAAUUAUUUUUGUUGCGAUUUGCGUCGUGGAUUUGGACCACGCGCACCACUACAACCAAUUCUCCCCCGUCCAAUCCCAUCCUGCCCCCAAUAAUCCCAAUCUCCAGUCGAAAGCAAACAUCAAGAAGUCCUAAAUUGGGACGCACCAAGAACUCCACCACGACAAUCCCCCAAUCAUUUCUUGGUGCAUUUGGCCCCCCUCCACCAUCCGAGAAAUCCAUAGGAAACUCAUCCGAAAUCGCCCCAAAAUCGGUCCUACACCGCACCAUCAGAUCACAGCUCAUAAUUCCGGUGAGAAUUCGAAAAGGAAGAAGCAAUGACGGAGGUGGCGCUCCUCCGGGGCCCGACCAACCUCGCUUCCCCCGCAAGCCGCGGCUCCGCCUCCUCCUCGCUGCGCUAUUUAGCCAAUGCCGACAGCGACGUGCUCCCAGGAAGCGGCAGCCCGGAAGACCCUGCGGGAUCUACAGGAAGCCGACGACUCCAAGAACGGCGCGGGCAAGAGGCAGCAGGAGGGGAGGAGGAGGAGGAAGAAGAGGAGCGGUGGUCGUUCUUGGCGCUGCUGUUUGAGCUGCUGCGGAAGUCGCUGCUCGGGUGCAGGACGGUCGGCGGCGGCGGCGGCGAAGGCGAACGCGGCGGCUGUGGGAUGGAGAUUGGGUUGCCCACGGACGUGCAGCACGUGGCGCACGUCACGUUCGAUAGGUUCCAUGGAUUCCUGGGUCUCCCCGUUGAGUUCGAGCCCGAGGUGCCUCGCCGCGCUCCCAGCGCAAGUGCAAGUGUCUUCGGAGUUUCAACAGAAUCCAUGCAGUGUUCCUAUGAUUCCAGAGGAAACAGUGUCCCGACAAUCCUCUUGAUGAUGCAGAGACGCCUUUAUGAACAGGGUGGUCUUCGGGCAGAAGGUAUCUUCCGUAUAAAUGCAGAGAAUAGCCAGGAGGAGUUUGUAAGAGACCAGUUAAAUAGUGGAAUCGUUCCUGAUGGCAUUGAUGUCCACUGUUUGGCUGGUCUAAUCAAAGCCUGGUUUAGAGAGAUGCCAAGCGGGGUGCUGGACUCUAUCCCACCAGAACAGGUGAUGCAAUGCCAAUCGGAAGAGGAUUGUGCCCGGGUUGCGAAAUGCCUUCCACCAGCUGAAGCAGCUUUGCUUGACUGGGCUGUUAAUCUAAUGGCUGAUGUAGUCCAAGAAGAACAGAUAAACAAGAUGAACGAUCGCAAUAUUGCAAUGGUUUUUGCACCAAAUAUGACUCAGAUGGCAGAUCCUUUGACUGCACUAAUGUAUGCGGUCCAAGUGAUGAAUUUUCUCAAGAUGCUGGUACAAAAGACCCUCAAGGAUAGAGGGGAGUCCAAUCCAGAGGAUGUUUUGCUGCCCCAGAAGGAUCCAUCUGAUGAAAAUGGGCAUCAGAAACCCAGCGUGACACUGGAUUCUCUCCUUGAGGAUGGAUCCAGGCGCCCUUCUUUUGCCAAGGAAGAGCCCCUUCUGAGCAGUCCUGCACACAGCACUGGUGAUAAAUCUAAUGAAACUAAUACCACUGAAGGAGUCACUGCUCAGGCAAGUGAAGUCGUAACGAGUGUGGAGGACUCUACUAGCUGCUUGCAACCUGCAAAUGCUAGUCCGACUGCUAUUGCUGAUGCUUCCGGUGCGAAUGCUACAAAUUUUCUUCAAGGCAAGGGGAACCGAAGCCUGAAUCGUAGGAGGGCAAGAAAGAGCAAGGGUCAGUCUGGUACACGUACUACACCUGCAGUUGAGAAAUCAAGAGGUGUGAGCAUCGUGAGCCGAAUAAACUCCAAGGUUGAACGGAUCGAAGCAUGGAGAUGAAGUGAAACACCAUUUCCAUCGUUGCUGUGUACUAGAUGACUGACCCAGUGUUUCCUGAAAUAGCAGCAUGAAGUGCUUGCUUGCACAUUUUGCAUUUUCUAUGUGCUUAUCAUUUCUUUGCUGUAUUGUGGUCAUGGUAUUUUUGAUAUUUGAGUUUCUCGUCAUCACUAACUUCUGUUUCUUUCUAAUGAUUACUUGUCUGAGUGAAUGAAAGAUGCUGAUGUUUUCAUUUGUACAUACAUCUGUCCGAUGCCUAAAUUAUGAAGUGCCUGAAUGUUCAGAUGUGUUA